AUGAAACUCUGGAUUAUUCUGCUGGCUGUUGCAGUCAGCACAGAAGAAAUACAAAGACAGAACAGUUGCAAUGAAAGGUUUCCUGGGAUCCCUGGGAACCCUGGACACAACGGCAUACCAGGACGUGACGGACGCGAUGGACCAAAGGGUGAAAAAGGAGACACAGGUAUCACAUGUGUUGUCAUCACGAGAACCCCAUGAGCAAGUUAUACAAAAUAUGCCGAGGUAGAGGAGAGCAGAGCCACUGAUUCACUGUAACAAUUGAGUUUACGGUGAUCUUCAAGGCUACUUUGGGUGUGAGGUUAAUGUUUGUGUCUGCAACCAAUGCUGAUGGGUUGUCAGGAGUUGUGGCUGUGCAGUACUAUGCGUAGUGCAACUAUGUGGUUGGGAGUUAAUGAAUGGAAGUUUUAUCCCCUUCCCCGAUGAGAGCCUGCUGUAAGCCCUUCUCAGGUGAGAGAUGGGAAAGCAGUAUUUGGUGGUCCAGAUUCCAGUGAGUGUGGUGCAUUAGUGUUUCAGAGAUGGGAUGAGUCUCUAAUAUGUAUAUACCUGGCAGUGAUCCUUUGUAUGGGAGUUAUAAUGUUGCUGAGUGUGAGUGGUUGGCUAAUGAAUGGUUGGUUGAUAGAGAUAACGAAUGAGGUAGGACUUCCAGUUUUAAAAAGUGAAGCUAAUUACAGAAGACCAAAGUCACCCAGCCAUUAACUUAGAAUCGAUCAGUAAAAAAUAUGAACAGGUGAUAUAAUGCACCUACUCAAGAUGGCUGUACCUGUGCAAGCAAUAACCAGUGGUACUGCUUGCAGGAACAUUAUCUUGCACUGCCUUGGAUUUUGUGCAUUCCAGUUCUCCCUGAUGGAACAGAAUUGUGUGUUGUUGCAGGAUUUGAGGUCAUUUUUGCAGUCUAAAAGCAGAAAGCUUAAACAUCACCUUUUUUAGAAUGAAAUACUUAACAGAACUGACACUGCCUUUUUCUGUGGCUAGGUGAACCAGGACAUCCUGGAAAAUCAGGCACAGAUGGCAUAAAUGGAGAAAAGGGAGAUUCAGGUGAGAGCAAAAAGUGGUUUCGCUGAAAAACAUUUUAGCUUGUUACCUGUUCCUGAGGGGAUAUGGAUAAAUGCAGCUGAAUCUUCAUGGGUUAGGGAUGAGGUUCAGCUAAGAUUUUAAUGCAAACCUACCUAAUUGGGGGGGGGGGCAUUUAAUUUGCAGUAAUGUCAAGUGAAUUAAAAAGUGCCACUAUUGGAGGAUAGAGGUCACUGUCUCCCACUGUAUGUCUUAAGCACUUCACUGAGCACAUCAUAAUUAAAGUGUAGUCUGGAAUCCUCCCAUUUCCUAUAUGUUUGGAUAUAUAUAUAUCCCAAAUGACAGCUAAAUUGCAGCUCUGGAAAAUCUCUUUUCUCCCACAACACUUUCUCUCGUGCUCUGAAAAUUCCAAGGCCAUCCUUGACCUUCUCAUCUCCUAUCAGCGCAGUGUUAGCUAAUACAAGAAUGACGAAUGCCUUUUCCUGUUAUCUUGCACAUAUGCUCCUAACAACCUGAUACUAGAUAAUUAAACCAUUCUUUUAAAUAAAAGAAAUAUCUCUCUCUCUUUCUCCUUUGCUUUUAGGAGCUGAUGGCAGAGUUGAAGAGAAAGGGAACAAAGGAAAUAAAGGGUCAAGAGGCUGGCCUGGGAAAUUUGGCCCUAAGGGAAUUCCUGGUCCUGUGGGUGAUAAAGGUCAAAAGGGUGAGCUAGGACUGCAAGGACAAAAGGGGACAAAAGGGGACAUUGGGCCCAUUGGCCCAAAAGGACUUAAAGGUGAAAUUGGAGUCCAAGGCGAAAUAGGCUUAAGGGGUCCCAUUGGACCAAUUGGCCCCACUGGUCCAAAAGGAGAGGUGGGAGGUCCAGGUCCAAAGGGCAGUAGAGGAAUCCAGGGAGAAAGGGGAUGGAAGGGAGACAGGGGAGAAAAGGGAAAACUUGGUAGUACCCCAGUCAUCCCGAGAAGUGCCUUCAGUGUAGGUCUUACCACUAAGUUUCCUCCUCUCAACGUUCCCAUCAAAUUUGACAAAGUGAUGUAUAACGGCUUAAACCAUUAUAACACAGCCACUGGGGUAUUCACCUGCCAGAUUCCUGGUGUCUAUUACUUCACCUACCACAUCACUGUCUAUUCAAGGAAUGUUAAGGUAGCUCUGAUUAAAAAUGGGAACAGGAUGCUCCACACCGCAGACAGCUACCAGAGUGGUGAAGACCAGGCCUCAGGAGCGACCAUAUUGGAGCUGCAGAAAGGUGAUCAGAUCUGGCUGCAGACCCAUGGGACUUCUAAUGGUUUGUUUGCAGACCCUGAUGAUGACACGACCUUCACAGGCUUCCUUAUAUUUAGUACCUCAGAGACAGCAGCGCCUAUACCGCUUCUUAGUUUGUGA